AUGACAUUCAAUCCCGAGAAAUCGCCGUUUGAUUUGUCAACAUUCUCGGGUAGACUUCGACAUUUUGCAGGGAUCACUGACCCGUUGAUUGCUUUUGCACCAACCUCAGAGCUUGUGAAAGCAUCGGAACUUAUGCAGAAAUGCCGUGGGGAAAAACCAAAGGCGACGCUUGAAGAGCUUCAUCGUGCUCAACGUCUCUACCAAUCAGCGUUUCAUCCCGAUACCGGAGAGCUACAAAAUUUUGCUGGUCGAAUGUGCUUCAAUGUUUGGGGCGGAACAAUGCUGUGUGGAGCAAUGAUGAUUUGGUAUAAAUCGACACCUGCUGUCAUUUUUUGGCAAUGGGCAAAUCAAUCGUUCAACGCGUUAGUUAAUUAUACCAACCGGAAUGCCAAGAGCUCAUUGACGACGAAGGAUCUUAUUGUGUCUUAUACUACUGCUGUUUCGGGAGCUUUGGGAAUGGCUAUUGGGUUGAAAGCAUACUUUGCAAAAAAGCAAAGCAGCCCAUUGGCUCAACGACUUGUUCCACUUGGAGCAGUUGCAGUCGCAAAUGCUAUCAAUAUUCCAAUGAUGCGGCAAAACGAACUGAAAAACGGAAUGACCGUCACUGAUAAGGAUGGAAACAACGUGGGAAUUUCGAGACUUGCUGCGGCAAAAGCGAUUUCCUUGGUCGUUUUAUCCAGAAAUAUUAUUGUUGCCCCUUGCAUGAUUUUAACUCCGAUCAUCAUGGAAGGAUUGAACAAAGUUGCAACGUUCCGUAAGCAUUUCAACAAAUUAAACAUUCCAACUCAGCUAGGAUUGACAUUUUUAAUGUAA